GUGCUGAUUGCAGGAGUGCUGUCAUUUCUCCAGAGGCGAGCCAAGAGGCUGGCCAUCGACCACAGGCUGCCAUUUUUGGAGGGACGUUUUGCAAUUGUGGUGCCUUUGGACACCAUAGGCAGCCUGAGCAAUCGCUGGUCUUAUGGAUUUGCAUUUGGUGCCGUGUCGAGCAGUGUCCUGCUGCUCUUCUCUGAAAGUUAUGUUCCCUUCAGUCUCCCAUCCUGGGCCAGAGCUAUUGUGUACCUGGUCGGAGCUUUAGAAGUGGGUCUGGCGUACUUCCCUUUUUUUGCCUGUUUGUCCACACCAUUCCGAAUGGCCGGGGCAGUGUUGGGAAUAUUAUACUCUCUCUCCUGGAUCACUGUCACCACCUGGGAUACAUUCACCUGUCCCAGUGGUAAGCCUCUGGGUAAAUACCAGAAGAUAAUUUCCCAGUGGCCCUGCAUCCUCUCGCUGAUCUUCCUCUUGGGACGAUUUAUUUACAUACUGGUCAAAGAUGUUUCUGUACGUCUGAAACUACAACCAGAGCACCCUGAAGAGAAAGCUGGGCAACACUUGACACGGCAUGUUCAGCGUUUGCUCAGAAAACCUGAGCACAGUAAACGCCUCAGCUGGUUCCAGAGACGAGUGUAUGAAUGGGAUCCCCACUUCAAGUUUCCCAGCAGGAUCAUAGGCACUGUGGUUAUAUCUCUAAUAGGCCUGUACACGAUGACACUGGCUGAUUACAUAGUCAGUGAUGAAUUCUUUCACCAGAUAGAACACUAUAAGGACACACUAAAACAGCUGGUUAACUCUUGUAAUGAGACGGAAUCUCUCAGAUACAUGAUACCGCAAUUGGAGGAAUUCAUUGAUGUGGCCAGGAGGUCUUGGCUUGCCACCACAAUCUUUGCAAGUCUCAACUCUGUUGCUUACACCUUCCAUAUCUUGGCUUGUUACAGGAAACACUUGAAGAGACUUUGGAAGGGACAAAAGGGAUUUAUUCCUGAGAAAUUUCACAUCCCUAAGUCGGCUGUUAGUGUGGCUUCUAUUGCAAGAUACUCUGGAUGGCAAAUAGCUUUUACACUAUGGGGGUACCUGAUCGUCCAUUUUGUCCACUUUCUGUUUGCUCUGCUGUUGGUCUAUGCACUGGUUCUACCUAUCCAGCGGGGAGAAGUACACAGCAUGCUCUCAAACCUGGGAAUAAUAAUUCUAACUAUUGGGCUGGUGGUCGGCUUACUGAUCCUCCAAGUAGUUCUGGUUCAGGUCUUUUUCCUUCAAGAUAAAAUGGCUCCAACAGAUAAACAGAAGCCACUGGCCCUAAACAACAGGAAGGCAUUCCACUGCUUCAACUACUUCUUUUUUUACUACAACGUGGUGAUGGGAAUCUCCACCUGCAUAAUGAGGCUGCUGCUUAGUAUUGUGGUUGGGACGUGGUUGGUGUCCCGCAUAGACCGGACUAUAAUGCAGAGGGGAUAUGAAACCAUGGAUGCAGGGUACAGUACGUGGAUUGGGAUGAUUUUUGCUGACCACUACCAUAACAAUCCAGUUAUGGUGUGUUUCUGUCGGCUGCUGGUCUCCAAAACACUGGAGCAGCACAAUGCCCCCACAUACUCGUCAUUUGAAAAUUCUGAAUCAGCAUCUCCUGUGAAUAACCGUGCCCGGAGGCGGUGGGCCUUACUGUACACAUUACUGAAAAACCCCCAUCUAAUCCUGCUGAGAAAACAACACCUAUCAUCAUCAUCGUCGGCCUGUCAGUCUGACAUAGCUGUGCAGGCUUGGGCCAUGGUCUCGCAAACAAAGAGUCAUCAAAUAGUCGCACCACCGGAAAUCAUCAUCACACCAGAGGAAGACUGUUAAAAAGAAACUCUAUAGGACUUGUGCCAGAUUAACCCUGUUGAGUGUGUAAUUUACCAGUCACAGCAUAAAUGAUGGAACGGUCUAAAUGCAAAUCACCCUUUUCUCAUUUUUAUUUUAAAAUCAUGUUUAAUGGACUCUACAUCGAUUUAGCAAGGUUUUUAAGACUUUUUGAAAAAUGUAUCAACUUGGUUGUUAACAUACUGGGUGAACAAAUCAUUGUUUUAAUGCUUUUUGUAGAUUAUUAUGAAUGGUUUGUACUCUUAUCCAUACUGGCAUUAUGGUUAACUGAGUUUUAAUGUUUUGGAUUAUUUUUCAGAAAUGCCUAAAACCUAUGUCUUAUUAUUUCUAUCAAAUAUGAGUAAAACCAGAAAAAGAGGUAAAACAAGAUAAUUGUUUUGAUACACUUCAAGAAAAACAUUUCUGACAUGAGCAGCAUUUGUCAAUAUUUGUUUGACACGACAACGGACGUUUUCUAUAAAUUUCAAAAUACAUACAUUUUGUGGUUUCAGAAGGCCAUUGUAAGUGAAGUAGUAUCCCAAAAUGAAAAAACUGGCCCUUUGCUGAAUUUGGGGUAAACCUGGCCGACAUUUUGAACUCGUGGGCGUGAACGGUUGUUUCAGUUUUUCUGCGACCACAGAAGAGCGAACCACCGUGUUGCUAGCUGAUUUACAUAAGACAGUCUGUGUCUACCAAGAUGUCGGAGAGCGAGUCCAUAGAGAAAAUGUUGAGAUCGGUCCUCCAGUCGAGCAAGAGUGGCGUGUCUUUAACAAACCUCCAGUCAGAGUACAGCUCACUGUGUGGAAAGAGCAUCCCCCUGAAGAAGCUGGGCUUCUCAGCGCUGGAGGACUACCUUCGAAGCAUUCCCUCUGUUGUGCACCUGGAAUACCACAUGGGUGAGCUGAAAUGCUUCGCUGCCGUGUGCAAAGAAACGGCUCACAUUGCUGAGCUGGUUGCCAAACAGAGGAGCUCUAAGAAAUCUGGUCGUCCCAAAGUCGUCAACUGCAAGAUGAGAUUCAGACCUGCUAACCCCUACAUGCUAAAUGUGAGACCAACGUCCUCUCUUCGCCAACCAUCUGCUAGAAGUCAAACAAAUUUUCCACCAAGCCAUUAUCGACCCCAUGGUGGCUGCAGUGCUGCAGGAGACUAUAGGCAAUUGGAUCAGAAGUUGAGCUCCAUCACCCCAGUUGAACACAGACAACCAGCUGCAAAGCAGAAUUUCACAACCAACAGGAGACAGACGUGCUUGGUUAACUCCACAAAUACGAAUUUCAGAGAGACUCCUCUACAGCCAGUUUCCAGACCCAGCGAAUCCCAGCCUGGUCAGUAUGAUGUGACGCUUGUGCAGAGCCGAAUAAAGCAGCUCCUGGAGAAGUACCCCAAUGGACUCUGGGUGUCCAAGCUGUCAGAGGUCUACAGUCAAACAUUCAAUCAGAAUCUCCAUUCUGAGACGCUCACAGACAUAGAGAGGUGGCCACACAUCUGCAUGGUGGAGACAUCUUCCUUCACCAACCGGGCUGACAGAUUGAUCUAUCCUCCUCUGCCUUCAAUGGCUUCUAUGCUCCCUUUAAAAAGCACAGACUUCCCUUCAGCAUUAGCCUUAGUGUCCAACUUUCUCCCCACUCCCACGCCAGUGUCCCCGUCCACAGCUGAACACCUUCCUCCAACCAUCCCCCCUCGUACUGUUUCUAAACCAGUAGUUUCCCCAAAAAGCCCCCUCGCUCAGCCCACCUUCAUUUUUCCUCCACAGGCUGCCAACACAUCUUCUGGCCAGAUGCUGUCACCGCUUCCAUUACAAAGCCCUGUCCACAAACCAGAUCAGCCUCAGCGACUGCCCCAAUGUGCCAAUCUUACAGUCAGUGCCAGCAAUGGAAGUAAAUACAGUUGCACUUUACCCACUUCCAGGACUUUCCAAGCAUCAACCACUGUUUCCACCCCCCAACCUCAUCAUGACAUUUUACCUCAGUUAAAAGCCACAUUCUCGCCAGCUUUCAACCCUGCUUCUUGUCCUUCUUCAAAUUCAUCUGCAGCUGUUGUGUCAGCUGAGGUUCGUCAGAGAAUAAAAGAGCUUCUCUCCAAGUACAGCAACGGGCUGUGGGCCCACGCUUUGCCCAAACUUUUCAUGGACACAUAUAAGACGCCGUUUCCUGAUCAGCUUCUGGAUAAUUUGUCCCUUUUGCUAGAUAUGUGUAACAUUGAGUAUCCCUGUCCAAGGGACAAGACGAAGGCUAUCUUGUACAAGUCCAGACGAGUAGAUGAGUACCUGGGAAAUGGCCAUGACAGCCAGCAGUGCAAAAGCAGCCCUCUGCCGUCAGGCCUGGAGGUCCUGGGUUCCCGGGUUCCACCCCGUCUGAAGCCCCCAUCAGGACAGUAUUCCUCAGUGCUGGUUACGGAGGCUAAGAGCGGUAACGGCGUCACCAUAAGAUACGUCGGUGAGAACUACUCUAACGCCCAAGAAGCCAUAGAGGGUCUCAUGCAGUCCUUCUACAGCCAAAGUGGCUCGCAGCACCUUGUGGCUCGUCCCGCUGCUGGUCAGCUGGUAGCAGUCAGAGGGGAGGAAGGAGACGACGUGACCAGAGCACAAGUCUUAAGAGUCCUGAACUCCCAACGGGUCGAGGUGUACUAUGUGGAUCAUGGCUUCUCUGUGGAGACUGAUGGGAAGAAUCUAUUAGAGCUGCACCAGGACUUCCUCUCUUUGCCCUUCCAAGCUAAUAAUGUUAAGCUAGCGGGACUGGAGGCAUUCAGCUCCCACCCCUCAGUGCUGUCCUUCUUAGAUCAGUCAGUAGUUGGGAAGAUCCUGCUGAUGGAAAUAUUAGAGCCAUGUCAGCAGAACCGUAUUCCUGUGGCCGUACUUUAUGAUACGUCGCAGGAAGAGGACGUCAACAUCAACUCCUGUUGCCUGAAGGCUCUGCAGGACAAGUCGAUGAACAAUCCUCACUCCGGGAACGUUUUAUAUGAGGACGUCUCUGUCACAGAUGUGUGUGCAGAUGGCACCAUGUUCUGUCAGCUACCAUGCCGAGGAACCGCAAGACUGAGAAAAUUACUGGGUGAAACAGAGGCUUAUUUUUCCUCACAGGUCACUUCGGAGUUCCUGGUGUCCAGACCGUUCUAUGGCAAGCACUGUCUGGCUCGCUACAAAGGGAAGUGGGCCAGGGCAGAGAUCACCAACAUGUUCAGCAGCAGAGUGAUAGAGAUUCUCUUCAUUGACUUUGGGGUUUCUGCAACUGUAGAAAUCACUGAUCUUCGAGAGGUUCCUCCACUCUUUCUAAAGGAUUUCACUGUCAUCCCUCCACAGGCUGUUAAAUGUCGCCUGGCUGAGCUCGCUGUUCCAGACAAAGACUGGAGCCACGAAGCCCUGCAGUGGCUCAAAGAGCUUGUUCUGGGAGCUGAAGACUGUAAAAUGAAGAUUGUGAAAUCCGAGGAGUGCAACGGCGAGAAGAUGGUCCUUAUGUACCUGUUCAGAGGGGGCGACGGUCAGGAGCUGCAGGGGAGCAUCAACCGUCAGCUGGCACAGUCAGAGCUGUGGCAGAAGAUGAGCAACGCCAACACCGGCAGCACCAACGCAAGAGUCACUGCUCUGGUUGAGACUUUGAGGAAAUCAUUCCCAAACACCACGGUUACGGACUCCACCCAAACCUGUCACAGAAUAGAAGGAGAAGAAGCAAACAAAGAUGAGCUGCAGUCACUCCCGCUGCCUCCUCCGCUGGAGCUCCCCCAGAGCGGAGAGAACAUGGACGUGUUUGUGUCUGUGGCGUGCCACCCGGGAUACUUUGUGCUGCAGCCAUGGCAGGACCUGAAUAAGCUGGCAGUGCUGAUGGGGGAGAUGGUCUUUUACUACAACCAGAAAGAGAACACCAAAGCGGCCAUGCACAUCCAGAAAGGAGACAUCUGCGCUGCUAAAAUCGACAAGAACUGGCAUCGUGUGCAGGUGAAGGGGAUUCUGUCCAGCGGUUUGGUGUCCGUCUACCUGCUGGACUACGGUAAACGCAAGCUGGUCCGCGACACCCUGUUCCAGCCUCUGAUAGAGGAGUUCAGACAGCUGCCCUUCCAGGCGAUUGUCGCACAACUGGCAGGCGUGACCCAUCGCCAGUGGUCAGAGGAGACGUCCAUGUUAUUCCGGAAUCAUGUGGAGAAACGAGCGCUCGUAGCUCAGGUGGAGAGUGUGCAGGACGUGUCAGAGGUUAAAGGGGAAGUGUGGAAGCGCAUGCUGACCGUCUACCUGGUGGACACUUCACUGGAGGACAAGGACCUUUGGAUUCACAGGGUCAUGGCCGACAUCGGGGACGAGCUGGCCUCAGCCGUCUGAG